AAUGCGAGUCCACCACUAGAGGUAUUGCCAUGGCAGAAUGUAUCAGAAGUCAGAAUAACGCGACAUUUUGAUCAAUCACGAGAGGUUCGUUAUGUUGGCAUUAAUGACUCGACUCGGCCGCUGUCUUUGCCACCCGCAUUAAGACCACCCACCAAGAUCUCAUCAACAGACUUUGGCACAGGCAGCAUCGACCGCCAUUUCAAUACACACUACAGCAAGUCGGCAACUAAUUUGUUUUGGGCUUUGCGAGAUCCGAUUUUGAGGGUAAGUGGACAUGUUGGAAGCUCAUCUGUUUCGAUUAUCUAUGUAGGAGGACAUGGCACGGGCACCGUGGCGUCGUCUGCCCGUGGUUCAAGCCCAGCACAUCAGGGCCAUUAUACAUACUCUUCAUUUCGAUUUUCCUGCUUCCUAUCAACUCGUACUUACAGGACGGAAUACUAGUAUCGCACUUCCCAGCUUCUACCUCCGCUGCAUCACGGCCAUUCCUCGCGAUGCCAUUCUUUCUCUCACAAGCAGCGGGAAGAUAAGGCCGUCUACGGUCGAGAGCGGAUGGCGUGUUUGUAAUUUGAUAUCGGAGAGUGUGCUGAAUCUUGGUUUGGUCGUGAGCGGAGAUUUGAAGGACAAUGGUUAUGGCAUCAUUGGCAUGCCAUAUGGAUAUCUGAACGUUAUCUCAUCAAGCCAACAUCAAGCGGAAGAUAAAAGGCAGUGCGUCUAUCCUCGUGGAUCUGCUGUGUAUAAUGAAAUGCGGAUUUCUCCGCGUACGGUAUCCCGACACGGGAGGAGCAUGGAUGGUCGAGGCGGUGUGUUCCAUACUAAUAUGUUCGCAUUUAUUGAGCAGCAUGUCCAAUUCCAAUCUUCAUUUAGCGCUAUGAAUAUGCACGUACAUGUGAUUCUGGGGUAUUUCCGUCACUGGUACCUAUAUUCUCUGACUUCAAUGGAACGACUGUCUUCCUUCUUUUGUGAGGAGACAGUACUAGUUUUGUCCCCGCGAUGACAUGAUCAAUGGAGGUUAUUAAAUUUCCAGCUGUACUUACCACGUUCAAGAUAGUGGCGUACGGCAAUUUUGUCAUGGACUUACCGUUGACAACAGUGAACACGGUGAUCAUCAGCAGUCUGAGGGAGGCCGCGGGGCAGGAGAAGCUGGAGCAGGACGACGACGAGCUAGAUGGUAUGGGAUCCGAAGGUGUGUAUCCGCUUAUGAUGUUCCAUGUGCACGGGCCCACAAAAUAUGUUGAGGUUAACAUGCGUGGAUUGUUCCGAGGGUUCCGUUCAACAGUGGCA